AUGCUUUCCUCUAUCGCCGGUCGGGUUUAUAUGAUCACGGGGGCAGCGUCCGGGAUUGGGCGAGAGACUGCAAUUACCCUCGCAAAGCUGGGAGCCGCUGGGCUUGCAAUCAGUGAUGUGAAUACAAAAGGCCUGCAGGAGACAAAAGAAGAAUGCGCAAAGUACAAAUCCAGCAUCGUUGAGACCCAUGUUAACGUGAGCCAAAAUGACCAGGUCACCAGCUGGACUCAUGACACCCUACGACACUUCGGGCGCUUGGACGGUGCAGCAAACGUGGCCGGGAUAGCCAUGGGCGAAGGGACAACUACUUGCGAAACUAUGACCGUUGACAGCUGGGAUCGGAUGAUGGAUGUGAACCUCAAAGGCGUAAUGUUGUGCAUGCGGGCUCAGCUACCUCAUCUCCCUCGCCCUGGAGGCGCAAUUGUCAACGUCUCGAGCACCUCUGGGCUCCGGGGCUUGCCGCACAAUGCGGCAUACUCGGCAAGCAAGUUUGGGGUAAUCAGUUUAAGCGAGUCCGCCGCUGGGGAAUUUGGCCCACUCGGUGUACGCAUCAACUCUCUGCUCCCUGGGCCUAUUGAUACGGCAAUCUUCCGUGAUGGAGAGGCUCGCGGCCUUUUUGACUCCAAUGCUUUGAGUAAGGACACAUGUCUCCGCCGGAUGGGUCAGGCACAGGAAGUCGCCAAAGUUCUGUGCUUCUUACUUUCUGAUGAUGCCUCCUAUGUAACCGGAGCCCAUUGGACAGUGGAUGGUGGGUAUAGUGCAUGUUAAACAAGGGAAUAUGGCCUGG